GCCCUCGGUGUUCCAGCGGCCCCGUGGGGACAGCGUUCGGGGCCAGUGCGGUGUGGGGCGGCCCGUUGGGAUCGGAGAUGCCGAGGGGCAGAGGACUCCGGGGCGCAGGCGGCGGACGCCGCGCGCCGCGGGUCUUGCCGCGUGGAGAGCGGCCGCGGGAGCCGGCGAGUGCGGAGGACUGCUGAGGGGCCUGCGGGGGUCGGGGACUGGAUUCUGGUUUCCAUGGACUAAUUGGCUUGUCUGAGAUAAAGAAAUCUGUGGAGCAAGGGUCCUGGGUGAAGAGAAUCCUGAUCUGAGACCUUUAAUUUGAGCAUCAAGAUAAGAAUCCAGAAGAUACGCAGAGCCUACAGUUCUCCCGAGAGCAGCAGAAAAUGACCAAGUCCCAGGACGUGGCUGUGGACUUCACGUGGGAGGAGUGGCGGCUGCUGGACUCCACGCAGAAGGCUCUGUACCGAAGUGUGAUGCUGGAGAACUGGAGCAGCCUUGUGUCCCUGGAAUACUGGAAAGUUGAUGAUUACAAAGCAUGGCACCAAGAAAUUCAAGACAGGGUUAAAAAAUUGGAACAAGUUCGUGAAAUGAAUCCAGGUGGAAAAAUAUUUCAGUCUGGCAUGAACCUUGCCCGUUUAAAGCAAAAAUCCAAUAAGCGUGUCUCAGCUGGAAAACAUUUGAAAUAUUCACUAGAUUUAUUUACUCAGACUGGAAACAGUGGAAGAAAGAAAGCUGGUAAGGUCAGUGGAUAUGAGAAAUCCUUUCUCCAUACUGCACGUGAAAAAACCCCUGUUGGAGUAAAACACUAUGAAUGUAAGGAAUGUGGAAAAGUCAUCAGCAAGAAGUCACAGCUCAUCGUCCAUCAGAGAACACACACAGGAGAGAAACCAUUCAAAUGCAGUGACUGUGGCAAAGCCUUUUCCCAGAAGUCACACCUCGUUACACACCAGACAGUUCACACAGGAGAAAAACGUUAUGGAUGUGAGUGUGGGAAGGCCUUCGCUAGAAAGUCACACCUCAUCACACACCAGAGAACUCACACGGGAGAGAAACCGUAUGGAUGCAGCGAGUGUAGCAAAGUGUUCUCUCAGACCUCACAGCUCAUCAUUCAUCAGCGAAGUCACACGGGAGAGAAACCCUAUGCCUGUAGUGAAUGUGGGAAAGCCUUUAGUGGGAAAUCACAACUUAUCACUCACAAGAGAACCCAUAUAGACAAAAAGCCCAACAAAUGCAGUGAGUGUGGGAAAGCCUUCAGAGAGAAGUCAGGUCUCAGUAAGCAUCAGAGAAUCCAUUCAGGAGAGAAGCCCUACAGGUGCAGUGAUUGUGGGAGAGCCUUCAGUGGGGAAGUCACUGCUGCUUCGACAUCAGAAGACUCAUUCAGGAGAAAAGCCCUACGGAUGCAGUGAGUGCGGGAAAGCCUUUAUUUGGAAGUCACAGAUCCUCAUACAUCAGUGAACUCACACAGGAGAGAAGCCCUAU